AUGAAUCUACAACUUCUCAAACGUCCACAGCCACUACCACUACCACAUUUCAAUGAUGAAGAAAAUGGGAUACAUGCCCAAUGGAGAAUUAAAGCGUUUUACUAUAGAAAAGACGGCUUCCCGCAGUGUUCACUAAUGGGACAAGCGUGUGUCAAAUAUGCUUCGCUAUUGAUUACAGGAAAAUUUCCCAAGAACAAAAAGCGAAUCCUAUUAGUAAAUGUUGGUUAUGUAGAAAGCAAGGAUGGUGUUCUCGAUAUACGAGGCUGUGAUUUCCGCUUGCUGCUCUUUGGUGUUGAAGAUGUAAUGCUGAUUCGAGACUCACUUCGUUUCCUUAUCAUACGACAACGAGUUCCGCAUUCACUCAUGGGAAAACCAUUCGAAUGGCAGGUAAGCCAUAUUUUUUAUCGAAACACAUAA